AUGACAGACAAGGCAUCUAUGGAAGAAAUUUUCGGCUCUGAUUUUGAAGAGGAGUCUGAAGAAGAGCAACAACAACAACAACAAAACGAGGAAAUACAAUCAUCAUCUGAUAAUGAAGUAGAGGAAUUUACACACAGAAGAGUAACUAGAUCAUCCGAACAUCAAAAAAUUGCUGAAAAGGAAAGAUUAGAAGAAGAACAACGAAAAUUGGAGGACCAAAUGCUUACAUCACAAGCUGAACAUUACGAUUCUUUAUUAUAUAAAUAUGAUAGUGAUGGUGACGAUGAAUCAAAGCAAGUCUUGGAAGUUAAACAUAGUGAGAGACCAACCAAAGAUAGUUUAGAUCUCUUCUUCCUCCGUACUCCUAUACAAUUUAAUACUGAUGAAAAGGAAUUUACAGAGGAAAGUUCACUUCCAAAGAAUGAUUUGUAUACUAUUCGUUGGAAAAAGAAUGAGGAAACUGGAGAAAUUGAAAGUAAUACUCGUGUUGUACAAUAUGAAGAUGGAUCAUACCAAGUUUUUGUUGGUAAUGAAGUUAUCUUGAAUUUGGAAGCUAAGAAAUAUACUAAUUAUAACAAUUUACAUUUGUUUGAAAAGGUUAGCCCAUUCUGUUAUUAUGGACAUGGUAUUUUCACACACAGACUCAACUCUAAAGCUACAUCAACACAAACAAAAGGAAGAGACAUUGCUCUCAAACUUACCAAAGGAACAACAACAACCAAGAUAAAGAAGACAGUUCUGACAUCAAAGAGACCUGAAACUGAGGAAACUAAGAAGGUUAUGGAAGAAGCACAAAGUUUAAAGAAGAAGCAACAAAAGAAACAACAAAAGUAUCAAAAUACAUUGACAUUGGACAAUGCCUCUCUGGAAGAUGCUGGAUCAUCCUCCGAUGAAGAAGGAAAUGUCAGAAAGAUUAAGAGAAAUACUCUAAGAAAGCCAAAGAGAUCCUCGUAUGAAGAUGAAGAAGAAAGUGCUGAUAGUGCUAGUACUGGUAGUGACGAAGAAAGUGCCGAUAGUUAUUCAAGUGAUGACAGUUCAAGAGCAUCAAAGAAGAGAAGAUAG